AUGAAUGAUGAACUAGGUCAUAAUGAUAUUUAUCAUAGUUUGACACCAAUGGAGACGCAAGAAAUUUCUCUACGAAUUGAUCCUCAACAAAACAGCCAAAACUGUAAUAAUAGUACCCUCUUUGAUGGUGAAUUUUCUGAUUCUGGAUCCGAAGCUUUCGUCAAUACGCCUUCUAUUGAAAAUGAAGGAAUUAAUCUUACAUCUGACAAUUGGAUAACACAUAGAGAAGAAACCGUAAUGCGGAUUGAUCAAUUUAUUCAACGAGAUUGCGUCAUUCUAAUUCGUGCACCACCAUUUACAGGAAAAACCUCUUUAUGCAUAUUACUUGAAGAAUACUAUCGAAAAAAAGAUACUCCCGUACUACAAAUAUGUUUCUUGGGUGUUGAAGAUAUGACUUUUGAAGAAUUUUGGAUAAACGAAACGGGGAAAAGUUGGAAAUACUGGUUAAAUCCUAAACACGGUGAAAGAGUUAUUAUCCUCGACGAAAUUCACCAUAUCUUUGACGGAUCGCAAUACGAAACUUUUUGGAUAAGAAUAAAAUCAUUAUGUCGACAAGCUUCACUUGGACAAGAAAUCAUUAAAAUUAUUGCUUUCUCAACAGGUGGUCGACUAGCUACUUCUGUACAAAGUCCUGUGGAUUUUCGACGAAAAUUUGGUUUUGAAUUAAUAAAAUGCACUCAGGCUGAGCUAAUGGAAUUGGUUGAAGCGUUUAACAAUUACAACAUUAAAAAGAAAAUCAAUGUUAGUGAAAAAGUCGCGCAGCAUAUAAUGGAAUUUACUGCAGGACACCUUGGUCUCAUCCGUUGGAUACUAAAUGGCAUUGAUAAUUAUUUUUCUUAUCGAGGCACAAACUACAAAGUCACAACUGACGUUGAGAUAAUGUCUUAUUUUACUUCUUUUGAAUUUAUAGAACAUGUUAAAGCUCAUAGAGGGGCCCCACUUUAUAAAUUCAAUGCAGCUGAAGGUGAUGUAAUCGAUAAACUCCUGUUAAAUGAUGAAAUCAAAUUAUAUUCUACUGGACCAGAUGAAGCAGUCACAGCCCUUCUAAAAUCUGGUGUUUUAUUCUAUAUUGAUGCUAAAGGACCAGAAUUCAUACUUCGUGAAGGUCGCGUAGGAUUUAUCUCACCGGUUACACGACUUUUAUCAUUUUAUCAUCGAUGUACUUCAGUCAAACAACCUUUAAAAAAUGGGUUUACACUUCAAGACUUAGUACGCGAAGCUUUAUCACGUGUUAAUUCAAGAUAUCUUACACAUAAUUUGGGACGUUCAAAGGAUGGUAUGAGACUAUUAGAAAGAGUUUGGCAAAUGGAAUUUUAUAGAACAAUUUAUAGUUGUUUACCUGAUGAAAUGCAUAUUUCACCGGAUGUUGGAAGGAUAUUCGCUACCGAUGGAGUGGUAGAUUUUUAUAUUUCGGAACCUCAAUGGGCUAUUGAACUUUUGAUUGAUGGUAUUGACAUGAAACGUCAUCAUGAAAGAUUUCAAGAUGGAGGCAAAUAUUCUUCAAUACCAAUAAAAUCAUAUAUAAUUCUUGACAUUCGUGAAACUAGGACAGUUGUAAAAGCAUAUCCGAACACAUGGCAUAUAACACCUAAUGCCGAUUUUACAAUAUUCAACAUACAAGAAGGAUCAAAUUCUUUUGAUAUAACAACUCGUUGUGGAUAUCCUUAUAGUUCAAAUUUUCGAAUCUCAACGCAAGAAUAUGAAGCUAUGGAAUUUGAAAUGAGAAGUUUAAAAAGAAAAUGUAACGAUGACGAUGAUGACAUAAGAGAGGAAAGGAAAAAACAGCAAAAGACACAUGACGUAGUAGAAAACUUGGAAAAACUAGUAGAUUUUUUAACUAAACGUGAAAAAUAUUUGAGAGAACGAGGUGCUUUUGAAGAAGCAGAUAAAGUUCAACAAAAAUUGGAUAGAGUAUCAAAUGAUUUAACAAAGACAUUAUACAAUGCUGCAUAUCUGAAUCCUGACGUCGGGUGUUCCUCCUCACGAGUUGUUGGAAAUUCGAAUAAACAAACAAUUAAACGCAAUGUUUUUUCUGAAUCAAGAAGGAGAUGUAUUAUUCAAUAG